GUGUGCUUGGAAAGAAAACGUGUGGAUGCGCCGUAACUAUCAUGUAAUUGCAGUUUAAGUCCUAGAAAUCCGUGUACAUGCUGCAGUUUACCGGAUAAAUUAUUUAUUUCCAAUAAGAAGAACGAACAGGAAGUCAGUCUCCGAGUGACGCCGGAGGAACCCGAAGAAACGAUGAAGAAGAAACUUCACCAGAGUGGAGAGGCGUCAUCAGAACAACAGUCAGCUGACUACGUGGUGGGUCAGGUGUCAGGAAGUUUGUUCCAGAAGAACGCGGCAGCUUCUGGGUCGCUGUCGACUUUAUUCAGCACCGCUGCACCAGCUGCAUCUCUGUUGUUUCAGCCUGCGCCCGAGCCGGUUCAGAGGAGCACAGAGGAAAAGCAGCAGCAGAAUGAAACUCCAGAGGUCAAAGGUCAACCAGGGCAGAAGAAGAAGAAGCAGCCGCCAAAGGAGAAAUCAGCAGCCGACCAGAAGCUGGAAAACAGGGAGAGCGGUCUGCAGGAGGCGGACGACGACGAGCGAGGGCAGGAGACGUCGGUGAAGCAGAAGAAGAAGAAGAGGAAGGCGUCGGAGUCGGGCGGAGAGAAGGAUGCGGAGCACUGGGUGAUGAAGCGGCAGAGGCUGAAGGCCAGCAGAGAGGAGGAGGCCGUGAAGAGCAAGAGGACGGUGUUCGUCGGCAACCUGCCCAUCAGCUGCACCAAGAAGACGCUGCGGAGCCUCUUCAGGGAUCAAGGAUCCAUCGACUCCAUCCGCUUUCGCUCCGUGGUCAGAGAGGAUCCGUCCAUGUCCCGCAAGGUCGCAGCGAUCAAACGUCAAAUUCAUCCCAAGAAGCAAAGCGUGAACGCUUACGUGGUGUUUAAAGACGAGGAGGGGGUCGCCAAGGCGUUAGAAAGGAACGGCCUGGAGAUCGAGAAAGACUUUCACAUCCGAGUGGACCGAGUGACUGACAGCUCGGCACACGAUCACAAACGUUCUGUUUUCGUGGGGAAUCUUUCGUUCGAGAUUAACGAACUGGCGUUUCGACGGCAUUUCGAGGAGUGCGGCCCGGUGGAGGCGGUGAGACUGGUCCGAGACCAGAACUCUGGACUGGGGAAAGGAUUCGGCUACGUCCUGUUUGAGAGCGCCGACUCGGUCCAGCUGGCGUUGGAACUGGACGGCUCGAAGCUGGAGGGCAGGUCCGUCCGGGUGAAGAGGUCGGUGAAGAAAGAGAAGCAGAAGAAUAAAACGAACAACACGGGACCCGCAGCGAGGACCGGCAGAGGCCCCGCAAAGGGCCCCGCCAAGGGCCCUGUGAAGGGCUCAGGGAGGGGAGGCUUCAAGUCUCCAAGGAAAUUCACUGGAAAACAGCAGAGGUCGACCAAAAGCUCCGGCUCCUUCAAAGGAGAGAUGGUGGAUCCAAACAAAAAGACUAAAAAGAAAGGACUGAAGAAGAAAGUGAAGCCAAACAAGACUCUUCAUAUCUGACGCCUUUUAUUUUGACACAAGUCAGCUGCCGUUCCAUCCAGCUACUUCCUGUCUGUCAAACCGUCUUGUUCUCUGCUACGAAAUAAAACCGACAAACCACAUGAUUCACACAUCUGUAAAAAACAUCAUCAUUUAUACUUUGUUUUACCUUCUGUUCAGAUUAAACUGGUGUUCACCUUGUUUUGUUGAACUAUAA